ACGGGCCCCGCGGCCGGGCCGCCUCCGCCCCGGCCUGUCGUGGUUCGGCAGCGCCGAGAGCGGGGUUGCUGUGCGCUCUGGGCCGCGACACAGACGCCUCACGGGCGGCAGCGCUGCUGCUCCCGGAGCGAAGCGGUGCCGCGAUCCCCGGCAGUGUUGCAGCUGGAGCCGGAGAGGGAGGGGAAGUUAGGGCAAAGCACUGGCUGGGAUACGCGAAGGAGAAAGAAGCAGAAUUAAGUAGAAAAGGAGCGAUAAACAAAAUUUAACAGCCCUGUUUCUAGGAUGCAGCCGACUUAAGUAUCGGAUUUGGAACAACUUUAUGUAAUAUAGUUGGAUACUUGUAAACAGUUGGGCAAAUCUGCGUAUAUGCUGGUGUCAUCUCUUGCAGUUGCACUUGGUUUAGGUGUGCUGUGGAAAAACAGAAAACCACAGGGCUUGAGAUUUACUUUUUAGAGAGAAGUUUUAUGUAAAUGUAUUUGAAAGCUGUAUAUAACUGAAAUGGUACUAGGCAAGCUGAAAAGUCUGACAGAUUGAAGGAAACAUUAUCAAAAUACCUUUGCUGACUUUGGAAGGAAAGGAGGAAAGAGACUUACUGGUGUCAUCUUUACAGUCAAAAAGUGGGAGCUGCUGCCACAUUUGAUCUGUGAUCACUCCUGCUAAGCACCAGAAAUAUGGAUAGACUUCUGCGGCUGGGAGGAGGUAUGCCUGGGCUCGGACAGGGGCCACCAACAGAUGCUCCUGCAGUUGAUACAGCAGAACAGGUUUAUAUCUCUUCCCUUGCACUGCUGAAAAUGUUGAAGCAUGGUCGUGCUGGUGUCCCUAUGGAAGUCAUGGGUCUGAUGCUUGGAGAAUUUGUUGAUGAUUAUACUGUGAGAGUGAUUGAUGUUUUUGCAAUGCCACAGUCUGGAACGGGUGUCAGUGUGGAAGCAGUGGAUCCUGUAUUUCAAGCAAAAAUGUUGGAUAUGCUGAAACAGACAGGAAGACCUGAGAUGGUAGUUGGUUGGUAUCAUAGUCAUCCUGGCUUUGGCUGUUGGUUGUCUGGUGUAGAUAUCAAUACCCAGCAGAGCUUUGAGGCCUUAUCAGAAAGAGCUGUUGCUGUGGUGGUGGAUCCCAUUCAGAGUGUAAAAGGAAAGGUUGUUAUUGAUGCCUUCAGAUUGAUCAAUGCUAAUAUGAUGGUCUUAGGACAUGAACCAAGACAAACAACUUCAAAUCUGGGUCACUUAAACAAGCCAUCUAUCCAGGCACUAAUUCAUGGACUAAACAGACAUUACUAUUCCAUCACCAUCAACUACAGGAAGAAUGAACUAGAACAGAAGAUGUUGCUGAAUUUGCAUAAGAAGAGUUGGAUGGAAGGUUUGACACUUCAGGACUACAGUGACCAUUGCAAACUCAAUGAAACAGUAGUGAAGGAGAUGUUAGAAUUAGCUAAGAAUUACAACAAGGCUGUUGAGGAAGAAGAUAAGAUGACACCUGAACAGCUGGCAAUAAAAAAUGUUGGCAAGCAGGACCCCAAACGUCAUUUAGAAGAGCAUGUGGACGUGCUGAUGACCUCAAACAUUGUCCAGUGUUUAGCUGCUAUGUUGGAUACAGUUGUAUUUAAAUAACCAAUUUACCGUUUGUGAUGCUUUCUGUGUAUAUUUGUUUAUUGUUUCUAAUACAAGACAGAGACUGUUGAGGCUCUAUUUGAUUAAACAGAGACAUCUGACUUUUGCAAUGUAAGCGCAUCACUAUAACACCUUUCAGUCUCUAAUUGUGCAUUUGCUUCAAUUUCUUUAUGUCAGGGUCCUCACAGAUUACAAAGUAUUCAAGAACACCACGUGGGCAAAAAUGUAUUACGUUUUCAUUUAAUAUUUGGGGGGAAAAUCAGUAAUACAUAUAUAUUUUGAUUGUUGCAACUUAAUAAAAAUACAUUUACAAACCUG